GUUCAACUCGGGACAUUAAAAAAGAAAGCCGAAGCAAGGUCAGGACCACGUCAGUAGGCCACUGGGUCCACAACGCAUAAUAAUGCUCAUCGGAUAUGCGUCCCUGUCAGAGCCGACGCUACUUUCAAACUAUACACACCCUGUAUCGUCUAACAAUGAGCCAUUAACGUUGUUGCCGGAGACAGUGAAGUGUUAAAUUUAAGAGAUGGUGUCAAAAAAUUGUGAAACAAUGAAGUGUAGUUUACUGCUAGUGACGGUUUUGGUACUUAGUGUAAAAGCAGCGCCAUUUAUAACAAAACCAGAAACUUGGAUGCAAACAAACCAGCAGCUAGACCUAGACCAAUCGAUGUUGAACCAAAUAGCUCAACAGUCAUUGGAACGAUGGAUUCUGCAAAAUCAAUACAAUUCAAUGCAACAACAGCUUAUGCCAAUGCAGCAUGCGAUGAAGAAAUCUCAAUACAGCCCAGUACCGUCGUUAUUUUUAUUUUUCAGUAACGUACCUCAGCAACCGUUAUUAUUAGUAGUGCCUAGUACGAUUGCGAAAACUACGAAUCGAGUCGAAAACCACAACGAAAAUAAUGAUCCAGAUUUCAAAAUUGGAAUUGGAGAUGUUGACUCAGUUGUAAUUAACGCUGAGAACGAAGCUAAUAUCCCUGAAACAAGUAUAGGUCCCCAAAGAGCUAUUGUAGUGUUACCAAAUGGCCAACGAUUAAUAAUAGGCAGCAUUAUAUCUGCUAUACCGUUCUUACCUUUUGAAGUAAAUGUACCAGAAACCAUUGGCUGGAUUUAUAAUGGUAUAGCUGGUAUUAUUGGAGGAAUAGGUCAAAGGUUACCAUUUAGACCAAAACCAACAACGGAAAGUCCAGUUCAGCAAAAUCAAGAAUCAAUGACACAAGAAUCCAUGAUAACAAAUCAAGAGUCAAUACUGGCUCCAGAAACAGGAAUCACACCAACACAAGAGACCAGAAUAAAGCUGAUGCAAAAGCUUAUGUCCAGGAGGCCGAAUAUAGGUAUGCCCAUAAUAAUGUUGCCUAUGACACAGACUGUUCCAAUACAACUGCAAGUAUAAAUAAAGUUAUUGAAGUUCU